GUAGAACUGCUAUAAAAGCUCGCAAUAUGGAGAGGCGAGUACAGACUCUAGCAGAUACAAUCUCCCAGAGACAACACUAUGUCUAUAAAACUGACUUAAACAACCACAACAUGGAGGUGGGCAAGUUCAGACCUAACACAGUAGUGGACCAGAAUGUGGUGAUAAAGGACAACAGGACGCCCUGUGUAAAGGAGAGACACUCAGCUGCAGACCUCACUCCUGCUCUCAUUGUCUUCAAGAAUGUGAGGGAGGAUGGGAAGGACUGCACGACCCUGUACACUGAUCCCCACUACUUUGGUCGGGUUUGGUUCAACCAGAUGCAGAAAGCGUUCGAGGCCAACAAAAGGGCUCGUACAAAAAAGAAGAAUAAGAAACAAAACGUGAAGAAGGAACCGCGACCCGUCAUUAUAAAGGAGUACAAGGUUGAUGCUUUAGGUAACAAGAUCGUUACGGAGAAUCAGAUAAGAAAAGUUGAUAACACUCUGCCAUCUCAAAACCAGCAACCAUAUGAUCCAGAGUUUUAUCAGACAGAACAAGAUGGCAACAACCCACCUCCUUUACAGCCAUUGCACAUUGAACAGGGGGAUUCCAUGCCACCUCCUCCAGACUUUGACUUCCCUGCUCCACUAGAAUACGAGGAUACAUACCCGUCGUUGAACCCUCCAGUCAAUGAAUACGCUGGAUCGCCUGCUCCCUUAACAGUACAUCAACCAUAUGAUGAUGAGGUCGUCUAUGAUGAACCGGUUCGCACGAAUGUACCCAGAGCCCCAGCCGCUCCUCAAGCUCCAGCCGCUCCAAGAGCGCCUCCCGCUCCAGCCGCCCCGAGGGCACCACCUGCCCCAGCGGCCCCUAAAGCACCGCCAGUUCCCGUUGGAGGUGCUGUUCCAAGGGCGCCACAGCCACCAAAUGCUGGUUUGCAGAGACCCAAACAUGCUCCUGCUCCUCCCGCUGAAGAACCUCGCAAUUUCCUUAAUGACAUUCAGCAGUAUUCUAUCAACACUCUGAAAAAGGCACCUAAACCGGAACCUAAACCAGAACACCACUACGCCUCCAUGGAUGUGAUGUCCAUUCUGAGUAGACGGCUAGUCAUGCAGUCGAGUGACACUAGUGACUCUGGCAGUGACAGCUCGGAUCAGGAUUGGGAUGGCGACGAGUAACCACCGUAACCAUAGUAACCACCUAUUGGCUAUUUGUGGCAAACAAAUGGAACGUAAAGAAUGGCAGAUUACCAUGACAACCUCAAACCUGUAUCAUUAACUUGUCCGAGCUGCUGUGAGGCCACACACUUGAGAGCGGCAGUUUUCAGUUGUCUAGAUUUUAGUCCAGCUCCCGCUGGAUGAUAAAUUAAGGAAUCAGUACAUUAAGUUUAAUGAUUAGCUGUUUGAUUUCCGAGCUAAACCGGAAAAUAUUCGAAUUUACGUCGCUGCAAAUAACUUGUUGAUUAAUGACUACCGAUCGGCUAUACACAGCAAGAUGAACCAUUUAUACUUUUUACUACUGAUGACUCUGAUCACAGAAACUGUCCAAGAAUGAUUUUAUCCGAUUAAAUUGUUUUAUUUUUGUAUAAAAUUUGUGGUUAUUACAUGUUUUGUAUUGUGAUAUUCAUUGUUUCAACGGUUUUUAUGUUUUUAGGUGUUAAAGAGGGUAAACAUGUUUUUAUGUCCCUACUACUACUAGCAAUUAUUAUUGUUCCAUUCUGACUUAAGCUUUGCUAACACAGACGCACAAAUUUGCUUCAUUAAAACUUUUACAUCAUUUAUUUUUAUGUUAUUAUUAUUACUUAAAUGUAAACAACUCCUGCUAAUCAAAUUUGGAAUUCAUUUUCGGUUUGCAUUUAAUUGUUUGCUUAUACGUAUAAUUAAAUAUAUCUGGCUUGGAAAGUUGCAAUAUACAAUACGACUGAACUUUCAGUCAUACACAUUAUAUAAUAUAAUUGAACUAUGAACUAUCACAUUUUGUUUCAGUGUUGAUUUAAGGACUUUUAAAUGUGAACAAAGUGUUUAUUGAAUUAAAAUAACGUGCGGCCAUAAGUUGUUUUGCCGUUAUCAUAUGCUCCAGGUGAUGGUAGCUUUCUGCAAUCUGGAGUGAUCACUGUAUAUUGUAAAUAUGAUAUCAAUAUGAUUAGAGAAUGAACAGGAGUAUGAAUAUGAUAUUGGAUAUAGCUAUUUUAUGUCGAAUCUAUAGCUUUA